AUGUCUGCACCUCUGAAUUUACAGCUUGAUAACCCCGACCUUGAGGUCAUUGACAAAUACGAGACCGUGAAGGCAUUCCAAGUGCUUAAGCAGUACCUGGAGUCCGAAGAACUAUCGGUAGACGAAGCAGCCUCACAGCUCUACCAGAUGAUGCCGGAUUACAAGACCCAAAUCGGGGCUGCAGAGGAUGACCUAGGCGUUGUUAUAAUGGAUAUCGCAGAGCAAAUCCCGUAUUACCACACAUUGCAGCUAAAACUCGUCGAGCUAAUGAAACAGCUUGCAAGAAGCCAUCGGUUCAACAAAAUAUGCGGCGAUAAAAAAAAGUUGGCACGCUACACAGCCCUGGAAGCGCUUGACGCAGAGAUGGGUGAUCGAUGCUUCCUAGACUGGGAAAACGACCUCGAGGCAUCCCGGAUAAUAAAUUCCUGCGCAUUCUCCGCCCGCCUCGCCGGCGCCGGGACCAUCUCGCGACCCAUGACGCCGAUAAUAAGGUCUUUCAGGGCAGCGUUAGAGACCCAUCUAAGCGUGAUCCGAGGUCUCGAUUCGCUCAGUGUGUUUGUCAGCGUCUCUUCUGUGUGGAUGCUAGCCGGCGCUGGAUACUACGCAUAUGUGAAUAUCGUGCUUAACCCGCCUCCCGUUGAUGCACUUCUGCAGCAGGCUUACCAACCGCACGAGCUUUAUGAUGGCCCGAUCUUUGGGAUCCAGCGGUGGAACUUUUGGCAGCGCGCCCUGGCUGAGAGGGCUCAAGAUGGCCGUUUGAGUGAGGAGGCGAGGGUGCUAGCGCGCAAGGCGGCGGACUAUAUGGAGGCUCUUGCGCGUGAUAUUCAGUGUUGCUCCUCAGUAUCUGCUUCGAGCGUCAAGGAGGUUGAAAUCCGCGUAGUGUUCAACUUGUAA